UUAUUCAACAUUGAACGAUGUCGAUUGCUUCCAAGAGACAAUAGUAAAAUCAUCAAGCGGCCAGUGUUUAUACACAAAAUGCAGGGUAUGGUUCGCCGGAGAAGGAAUCAAACUGUCGAUUGGUUUACGAUGGGGAGAGAGGAGGAUUUGGACUCUUGCAGCUCGUCGUCGAUCGGGAAGAACAGUGACGUGUCCGGUGGUUCAUCCGAAGAAGAAGAUGAUACUGAGGUCCCGAGUUCUUACAAAGGACCCUUGGAUACCAUGCACGAUUUAGAGGAGGUUUUGCCAAUCAGGGUAGGCAUAUCGAAAUUUUAUAGUGGCAAAUCAAAGUCCUUCACAAGCCUUGCAGAUGCAUCAUCUAUUUCCACCAUCGAAGACCUUGCAAAGCCAGAAAAUCCCUACAAUAGGAAGCGCAAGAGCUUGUUAACCCAGAGCAGUCGCCCUUUAAGGAACAAUGCAAGUGGAAUACCAAAGAAACAUAUUGACUUCAGUCAAAGUGCCUUGAUUCUUGGAGCAACCAUGAGAAAAAGCAAGGAAAAUUUCAACUUGAUAUCAUCACCUUCCGGCUGUCUUCCACCUCAGCAUCCACAAACUAAAGUACUGCCCAGAAAUGCAUCAUCAUCAUCAUCAUCUCUGCCUCCUCAACAGAAUCCUCCUUGGCGCUCUUUCUCUCUAUCAGAUCUACAAUGUGUUGUAGGUACAGAUCCUGUGGAAUGAAUAAACAAGGUUUAUGAGUUAUGAUUUACUCCUGCUUUGAGUAAUCAAUAAUCUGGUGUGUUUUUUCUCCACGAACAACCUAAGGUUGGGUGUACGAUCACAGAAAGGAAGACAAGCUGAUAUCAUAGUGUAAGACCCUCUUUGAUUUUGUCUUUUGCAGUCUAGUCUCUCUUCUUUUGGGAUAGGACAUAAAGGGGAGAGCUUAGUGCAGAUAAAAAUUUCAAAAAACAUGCUAGGGAAGAAACCAUGUUUUAUAUGAUAAUAGCAAAGUUGCCUUUGAUGGGUUGUGAACCAUGAAGUAAUAUUGUAUAAAAAGUAUUUAGUAAAUUUUGAUA